AUGGCGGCGUCGAGCCAGCGGGCAGAGGAGCGGCUGGAUCGGCUUUUGGCCGCGGUGGAGCAGCUGCGAGCGGACGCAUCGCUCCGGCCCAAAGUCGCAGCCACGGCGACGCCCGCCGCUGCCGCGGUCUUGCCGGCGCCCGCCGCCACCGCCGCCACCGCCGCCACCGCCGCCGCCACCGCCGCCGCCGCUGCCGACGACGGCUGCCCUGGGCGGCGUCCCUACCACACCGUGCUGACGGCGACGGGGUCGGUCUAUCAGCAGUGGCAGGCGCGCAUCAUGUACCACCAUUGGAAGAAGGCCUCCGCGGCCGGCGGCAAGUGCACCGACAUGGCGGCCUUCACGCGGCUGUGCGCGACGGCCGGCGGGCGGCCCGACGGGCUCGAAGGCGAGAUCCCGACGCUCUUCACGGUGGAGCUGAGCGCGCAGGUGCUGGCGUCGCACUUCCACUUUGGCGUCCUCAACAGGCCAAACUCGGUCAAGCAGCUGAUGGAGAGCACGACCCUCCUCGCAGAGAUCCGAAAGACGAGUGACUAUGUGCUCAUCCUCGAGACGGACCACGUCAUCAUGCGCCCCAUCCCGAACCUCGCCACUCCGGAGAAGCCGGCGGCCUUUGUGUUUGGGUACAUGUUUCCGCAGCCGUCGCAGCAGUGGGUGGUCGAGAAGUACUGGCCCGGAGGGUCGUACAAGAGCGUGCAGCCCGUCGGCCCGUCGCCUCUCCUCAUCCACCUCGACCAGCUGCGCCGCGUCUACCAGAAGUGGCUCGACUUCUCGCUGGGGCUCCGCUCCAACUCCGAGGCGGAGAGGGUGAUCCAGGGCUGGGUGCAGGAGAUGUGGGGCUACUCGAUCGCCGCCGCCUCGGAGGGCAUCGUCCACCGGCUCGUCGAAGAGUUCCAGGUCGAGCCGGGCGCACUCUCGACCGAGGCCCAGCUGGCCGAGUUUGCCGCAGGGCGCUUCUACAUCUUCCACUACACGUACCAGUUUGAGUACAUGCUCGACGGCACGCCCUGCCAGCCGUGGAACAUCGGCGAGUGGUCCCUCGACAAGCGCCACUUCAACCAAAUCUCGCCGGCCUACCCGCUGCCGCAGCCGCCGCCGGGCGCGAACGCGGCCGGCGUCUGGCUGCUCAACGCAUGGAACGAGGCGAUGGGUUCCAUCCCGAGCUGGCCGUCCAAGCAGCCUGCCGGGGGCGAGGGCGGGCAGGUGGUGCAGACGCUCUACGGCCGCCGCAGGCUGGACUGGUUCUCGCGGCACGCCAACGGGUUCGAGCAGGAGGCUUUAAUUAGAUCUAAAUGA